CCUGAGAAGAGACUAUAAACAGCCAGUGAUCUGGAUGUGAAGCGAUACGACUUGUUAUGAAUGGAUUACUAGCUGCAGCACAAGGAGCAGCACUGCCAGAUAGAACACAGCCAGCAUAGGUGAUCUGAAUGCUUGCAGCCCUAGAUAUUGGGAAUAUUCAAGUACUAUUCCACCAGCAUAUGAAACACCGAAGGGCGAAGCAUAUAAUGCACCUCAUGCACUAAUCUGGGAAGAAAAAGUAUGGAAAAUGGUGAAUUGGGAUUGAUCCACUUCAUCCUAACGUCCAACAGGCAGUCAAUUAAUCAAUUAAUUGAUUUGAUCCAAAUAGGUCACUCUCUCUGGUCUAGAACUGAGCCCUCUUCUAGCCUAUUCUGUUCCAAUAAUCAUCAUACAUUUGCGUCCAUACGUCAUAUAAUUACCUGCUUUAAACUAACAUUUUUAAGUUGAUUUUUCCCUCCACCCUAGCCCUCUACUGCAUAAAUGAUGCUCUUUAUUUUCUGCUGCUUUUCAGUACCACUAGUUUGGUGUUCUGCAUCUGAAUCCUUGGUCUUCUAUUAACUAACUUCCUGAUCUUUCAUGGCGUUUACCAUGUACAGCUAUUAGCUUGCCUUAGUUUUUAAUUGAAAGCCAUCUAUAUUUCUUGUCACACUGUCUCUGACACAACUCUCAGAGGUCUUGUCUUGUUCUGCAUAUCUUUGUUUUCCUGCACUAGUAAAGGCAACUCUCUGGUGACUUUCUUCAUAAAUUUACAUAAAACACAACUGUACUAGCCUUUGCGGACUAUUGCAAAAAUAUAUUCAGCGAGAAAGAACAUGAAGAAAUAUUUAAAUGGAAGAAGCAUGGGAGUUGAAAACGUGUUAAGCAUAUGUUACACAUGUGUUAGUUUAAAUUUUGGCCGAGAACACAUGUUUGGAAUCUGUUGGGAGCUGUAACAUCACAAGUACGACUGCAAAGAAUCUUUAUCCUGAAGCUCCUGCAAUACGCAGAGAAAACUGACAGUGCUAAUAAUUCCCACCUUAGAGAAAUGUGCAAAGGCUAAGGACUUUUGAAAGUGAUCAAGUAAAUAAAACAUGGUGUUCUAGAGAGAACAGAGAAGGAAGGAGGUGUGAAAAGAUACUUGAGAAUAAUGGAGAGAAUAUAAUGAAGGCCAAAAUGUAAUUCCAAGAGAAUAUGGAAAGAAAGACUUGAGUUCACAUACAUAAUAAUUUUUUUUCUCUAUUUACGAGAAAAAAGAGUUUAUUACAUGAAAAGAAAACCGUUUCAGUGAUUAAAAUGUUCUUGUUUUGGUACCUUUUUAGCCAACAAAUCUUACAUCAACCCAACUCUGAAAUAUCUGCCUGCUAAUUAUAAGAAAAAUUAGAGCAAGGAAAUGGAGCUCCUUGGGUUAUAUGUUUGGAGUGUGUGCCUCUUGUGCUGUUGGGCUAGACCUCAGAGAGAUGACCCUAUCCAUCGCCAUAAACAGGAGUUGCGGGUAAGGGAAGACCAUUUGCGCCAGCAAUCCCUCAAAGAACCUUGCAGGUUGGGUAGAAAUACAAGGUCCCAAUAUGAUCCUCAGUAUAGCCAUUUUAAAGCAUAUCCUGCUCAGAAGCAUCAUUCCAAAGCAGAAAAAGGAAAAUUAAGAAGCCACCAACAUGGAUCAAACACAUUUGAGAAUGGACAAGUAAAAAAAGAAAAGGUUUCAGUAAACACAAGUGCAUCACAGAAAACAUUGCAAGGUUACAGGCCCAGUAACCAAAUAGUUUUAAAUGGAAAGGUGUCUAAAAUGGUCAAUGGAAGUUACUCUCAGAACCAAAAGUAUAAGAGGACUAUAAGACAAAUAGCUCAAACUGCAGCAAAGAAAAGAAAUCCACGUCAUACAGCAAUAAAUGUGUCUGAAGAGAUCAUGUCAGAUUACUUGAUGCCUAUAGACCUGUCUCAAGAUCAGUCCAUUCAUGGCUCCAUGUAUUUUCCUGGUGUCCACAGCCAGCUUGUAUUACGUCCAGAUGUUGAGCUACAAAUACCUCGGGAAAAAUUCACGGUAGAGAUGUGGGUGAUGCCUGAAGGAGGGCAAAAUGACCCAGCAGUGAUAGCAAGCAUGUUUGAUAAUUGUUCCCACGUGGUGAGUGACCGUGGCUGGUCUCUUGGGAUACGUCCAGUAGUGCCUGGUUCAAAAAGAGAUGCUCAUUUUUACUUUACAAUCCGUACUGAUCGCUCUCAAAAUGUCACAACCCUGCUGUCUUCAUUUCGGUACAAGCCAAGUGUCUGGACCCACCUAGCUGCUACUUAUGAUGGACAUAUGGUCUCUCUCUAUGUAGAUGGAAUUCUUAUUUCUCGUUCUUAUGGUCAGGUUGGUUCUCUGCACAGUCCUUAUAUUUCAUUAUGCAGAAGCCUCAUGCUUGGAGGGGACAACUCACAAAGUGGUAACUGUUUCCGUGGUCAUAUUUUCUCUCUUCGUCUAUGGUCUGAGCCAAGGACUCAGAAGCAGUUGAGGGAUGCCGCCCAAGGAGAAUCAGAAAUAUUUCCAAAUAACCACUUUCUUACCUUCCCACCAGAAAAUAUGUGGGCUUCCUAUAAAGAAGGGAUAUUUCCAGAAAUUAACAUGGAUCUCACACCAGAAAUAGACAUGAUGUCACCUCCUUUGCUUCCUCCAUGUGGGAGGACCCUUUGUGAUUUGCCUGAUGUGAUUGCUGGAUACAGCCGACCAGGGGUAAACUGGGAAAAAGAGGUGCGUUACCGUGUGGUUAAUUUAUGUGAUGAUGAUGGCUCCAGACCUCUGGUCAGUGCUGAACAGAUCUGUAGGCAGCAUCAGGCAUUGUCUGAUGCAUAUAGCCCUCUGGGUAUCAAAUGGCAACUUAAUGUACAGGAGAUCCAUAACUCUAGUUUGCGGAAUCGAGCAGUGCUGCCAGGGUGUGAGCCUGGGAGGGUGGGUAAUGAACACUGUGACCCUGAAUGUAGACAUCCACUUACUGGUUUUGAUGGGGGUGACUGUGGCCUCUACAGGCCCUGUAACCCUAUAAAGAGGGGUGAUGGGGUAUGCCAUCCUGAGUGCAAUACAGCAAGGGAUGAUUACGAUGAUGGGGAUUGUUGUCCAACUCAAGAAUCUGGGAGGAGUUCAAAGAACUGCUUUGAUCCUGAUGCACAAGGAAGAGCAUACAUGAGUGUAAAAGAACUAAAAGACAUGCUUCAGCUGAACAACACCUUGUACCUGAAUGUCUACUUUGCUAGCUCGGGAGGAGAGGGGUUGGCAGGAUCCGCCACUUGGCCCUGGGACAAGGAAGCCCUUGGCCAUCAGGGUGGAUUAGUUCUUAACCCAUCUUAUUAUGGUAUGUCUGGCCAUGUUAAUACCAUGAUUCAUGAGGUGGGCCAUGCCUUGGGACUCUACCAUGUAUUUAAAGGUGUAAGUGAAAGGGAGUCAUGCGAUGACCCAUGCAGUGAGACAGAACCUUCAAUGGAAACAGGGGAUCUAUGUGAAGACACUGCUCCAACUCCAAAAAACACAUUUUGUAGAGAUCCUGAUCCACAAAAUGACACAUGCGGGCCAACGUUCUACACUGGAACACCAUUUAACAACUACAUGAGCUACACAGAUGAUGACUGUGCUAACAGCUUUACACCAAAUCAAGUAGCAAGGAUGCACUGUUAUCUUGACCUAAAGUAUCAAGAAUGGACUAAGAGUCAGAGGCCGUCACCUGUUCCCUUGCCUCCUGUUGUGAUUAAACAGAGCUUAGAUUCCCUCACCAUUCAUUGGCUACCUCCUCUCAGUGGGAAACUCUAUGAGAGGGAUUCUACAUCAACUUGUGAGUCUUGUUCUUCUGAUGGAUCAUUUUAUCAGUAUGCAUACCAUGCCUCCUCUCCUCGAAUCUGUGAUUCUUCUGGAUAUUGGACCCCAGAAGAAGCUGUUGGCCCUCCAGAUGUAGAUCAGCCCUGUGAACCAAGCCUCCAAGCCUGGAGCCCUGAACUCCAUCUGUAUCAUACCAAUAUGACUGUCCCGUGCCCCCAGCCCAAUGGGUGCAUGCUGGAACUUCACUUCCAGCAUCCCGUCCUGCCACAGUCCAUUACAAUAUGGAUAACAUACUUAUCGCCCAACGUAGUGAGGUCUGUGUCAGACCUUGAAGUGUUGCUUGAACAUGGAGAGACAAUUGACCUGGGAAUGAUGGAGGCUUUCUGUGAUAUGCCAUUAACUGUUAGGCUGACGCCAGAUCAGAAAGUUACUGGAGUGCGUAUUUACACAUUUGAUGAGCGUAUGGAAAUAGAUGCCGCUCUCCUUAUAUCUACUCCUCAUAACCCUUUGUGCUCAGUCUGCACACCUAUAAGAUACAAGGUGCUCCGAGACCCUCCUUUUCAAAGAGACCACCAUGGAAUAUGGACUCAGAACCAAAAUUCAUUUACUGACAUAGAAGUUAUUCCUGGUCAGCGAUACCAGUAUCAGGUGCAGGUGGCUGCAGGGACUUUGGUUGGGGAACCAUCACCUCCUUUAACUCACCUACAUGGAGCCCCCUUUUGUGGCGAUGGGGUAAUUAAUACGGAGCAGGGGGAGGAGUGUGAUGACAGAGGGCUGAAUGAUGGAGAUGGCUGCUCCCACAAGUGCCAGCAGGAACCUAACUACUCCUGCAGGGGGGAGCCCAGUUUAUGCUAUAUACAGUUUGAAGACAGUGCAAAUAUCCUUUAUGACAACCUUCUCAUAUCACGUAGCUCUGGGUGGCCAGCGAUUCAAGAAUAUGUGGAUCAGUGGGCUUCCCAAGCUACCACUUCUCACCAAGAUCCCCACAAGUGUCCAGUUUCUGCAAUCACUCGGGAGCCUGUUCUCAAGACCUGUCACGCUCGGAACUUUGAGCCUCUGUUUUGGACUCACUCAGCAUGGUUCCCAUGUACUGCAGCAAACAAUAUGUCGCUAGAACAACAUGUAUGGUUAAAGGUGAAUUUUGAUAAUCCAAGAAGUGCACAUUCAUUCCAUGUAUACCUGGCUGCUGAUGGCUCCCUUCCAGAGGGCACUCAAAGGCCCACAGUAACAGCUCAUAUUACUGAUAUAAUGGGACAGAACCAAUCGCUUGGAACCUUUGAGCUUUCUUGUAAGAGAAACCCUCUGAUUUUGAGUGGAUCACAUAGCGGCAACAGCCCACUAUAUAGUGCUGUAUCACUUACACUGAACUUUUCCUCACCAUUGGCUGGAAUAUAUGGUGUAAUGAUGAGAUCACUCGCUGACCUCCAUCAUCCAGAGAUGUGGAUGGACCAAGCACAGGACGGAGUGGGCAGCAGCUCCUGUACACCUUUAAAUAUUGCACAUGGCUCCACCCACUGCUCUUUAGAGGAAAAUGAGCAACUCCACUGCUCAGUAAUAUGCAAUGAGGGACAUGUAGUCCAUGCUGUCAGCAAAGGGAGAAACAGCGUGAUGCAGGCAGCUGUGUUAGGCUGCUUUGCAGGACACUGGAAUAUGUCGGUAACAUGCAUACCCCAGGACUGUGGCCCACCGGCUCCUUCACUUGUAUUUAAUGCAACCUUCUCUUGUCCAGAGGGAACAACGCUUGGGAAACACUGCUUCUUCCAUUGCCUCCCUCCUGCAAAAUUUCAAGGCAUAAGCCACUGGGUGACCUGCAUGUGGGAUGGACUCUGGUCUCUCCCUAAUGGCUACUGCAAGCUUGAAUGUGAAGCCCCAGAAGUGAUUCCCCAUUCCAGAUUGCUCACUUCCCGUUGCCUACAUGGUAACCAUGAUGUGGGAUCUGUGUGUCGAUACAGGUGUAAACCAGGCUAUCACGUUGCAGAACACACUGAACGCAGAACCAGAAGGAAAUUCCUGAAAAUUCAUUGUCUGCAGACUGGGCUGUGGGCUGAGGGCCGAUGCAUUCCUGUGAUGUGCGACCCUUUGCCACCCAUUCUCCAAGGGUUGUACAACUGUUCAAAAGGACUGGAAGUGGACAGCAAAUGUACUUUGUACUGUGGAUCGCACACGGUGUCUACAGUCUGCAGUAAAGAUGGGUCCUGGACAGAAAAACUAAGCUUAUGUGAAGGUCUACAAGGAACAUGUAUUCCACCUCCAGAAAUGAACCACAUUCAAUACACCUGUGACAAUGGACAUAGUAUUGGGUCUGUCUGCACAGCCUCAUGUAUUUACCCCCUUAGUGAUGCAGUUGUUUUGCCAGAGAAUAUUACUGCAGAUACUAUGGAACACUGGAUGAUUCCAGCCAAAGUGCAGGGUAUCAUGUGCACAGGUAUCCUAAAGUGGCACCCAGAACCCUUUGCCCUUCACUGUAUUCCUUCAUGUGAGCCUUUUCUAGCAGAUGGCUGGUGUGACACCAUUAAUAACCGUGCAUAUUGUCAGUAUGAUGGAGGAGAUUGCUGUGCCUCUACUCUGUCCUCUCACAAGGUGAUACCUUUUGCUGCUGAUUGUGAAGAAGAUGAAUGCACCUGCCGUGACCCUGAUGCAGAGGAGAACAGAAUUCACCGCCCAGAGGCACACUGACACCGUGUUGCAGUGGCAUAAAGUAGCCCACAUAAAGCUGCUACAGGGGACAAUACCUGCUGAUAAUAGCUGAUAAUUGAUAACCUCAUGAGUGCCUCCUGGAUUGGGUGCACCAUUUUUAUAUGGAUGACCCUGAAACGAAACUGUGACACCAAAGAUAGAGAUGGAACCCAACUUCAGUUAUAAGAAAAAUGAGAUAAUAAAUCAAUGUGAGCACCUUUUGGGAAAACACAUUAGUACCAAGAAGCGUUAUGUGCCACUGACAUUUAUUGUACAACAUACCAAAAGAAGGACAUUCCAAAGCCUUUUAUGGUUUUACAAUGUGUAGGGCUCCAAGCUCAGCCUAUCUCAUAUACAUAAUCUAAAGAUUAAGAAGAGGCCAAUCAUAUUUUACUGUAUGUCACUGUGCCCUGUCACCUGCAUGAACACAGUCUGUCGUGAGUAUAUUAGAUUUAUGUUGGAUUAGUACCUUUUAUUUAACCCUUUAGUAUGAGGCAUUUUCUAAGAUUAUAAUAUAAUUACUGAAUACCAGGGAGUUACUGUUAUUUUUCUCAUUGUCGCAUAGUAUAAAUAUAAAUCUGGUGGUUCUGUGUAUGUGUACUUUUUAUUAAAAUAUUCUUGUGCUA